CUAUAAACCCCACGAGAAAUAGAUCUAAGACACCGACUCCUUCACCAGACUGGUAGUGAAUACUCGCCACUCUCACAUGGCUCUCUCAUCGUCUUCAUCCCCAAAGGGAAUUGUAAUACCGGUACCGGUGCUGGUGCUCUCUGCCGCCGGCGCCGCCAUCUUCCUCUUCUUCCUCCUCUCCUCUCUCUCUUCUUCACCGACCUCCUGUUCCUGCCCCACCACCACCGCUUCCACUGCCGUCGUCCAAGCUAGUAGACAACAACCACAAGAACGGAUCUCUGCUUCGGAAGAUGACAUCGAUUGGGUGAAGACCCAGAUCGAAGUGAAUGGACUGCAUAUGCAGGAUAAUGUGCUCCGCAAGGGUAUCAAUCCUCGUACUCGCGCCCAACAGCUUCAGGAUUUGAUCCAGUACAAAGGGAUAUCACAUUAUGAACAAGAGGAAGAAGCAAAAAACCACACAGCCUUUCCAUGUCCAGGUGAACUCCUAGUAGAACAACACCACAGUAACUAUGGAGAACCCUGGGCUGGUGGGAGAGAUGUAUUUGAAUUCCUUGCAGAAUCCUCUCACUUAAUUCCAGAAUCCCGUGUUCUUGAAAUCGGAUGUGGUACACUUCGAGUUGGCUUACAUUUCAUCCGAUACUUGAAUCCAGAACACUUCCAUUGUUUAGAAAGAGAUGAGCUCUCUCUCAUGGCUGCAUUUAGGUAUGAACUUCCUGCACAAGGGUUGCUUUAUAAACGUCCUUUGAUCUUGAAAGGUGAAGAUAUGGAGUUUGUGAGAUUUGGGUCUGGAUUUAUGUAUGAUUUAGUGUAUGCGAGUGCUGUGUUUCUUCAUAUGCCUGAUAAGCUUGUGUGGGUUGGAUUAGAGAGAUUAGUGGGUCGAUUGAAGCCUUUGGAUGGAAGAUUAUUUGUGUCUCAUAAUGUUAAGUUUUGUUCAAGAUUGGGUGGAGAUGAAUGUAGCAAAAGAUUGAAAAGUUUAGGGCUUGAGUACAUGGGAAAACAUACACAUGAUAGUUUAUUGUUCAAUCAUUAUGAGAUAUGGUUUGAGUUUAGAAGAUUUACAAUGUAAAGAUUUUUGUAAUUUGGUUUCUUUUGUUUGUGGAAACCAUGUAAACUUUUAAGUUUUAACCUCCUUAGGCUACUCAUACAGAUUUUGAUGUCAUUUUUAAUUCUUUGGAGGAUGAAAACAGAGGUGCAGUUGUAUAAUGUAACACACAUUGCUGAAAUGAACAAUUGUAUUUGUUAUUA